GUAGUGUGUAUGUGUAUUACGUUUUGAAAACUUGAAAAGUGAAAAUUAAAAACUACCUAGAUACAAUAUAGUGAAAUUAUAAGAAUGAAAUUGCUAAAAAGUAGGCUAAUAAAUUAAAAUUUGUUACAACUUACGAUUUUGUUUCAGUUUUCACUUGUUGUAUGCAUAAUUCUUAUGAAAUGAAUGAAAUAGACGAUAAAUUUUAUUAUGUCUACAGUUCAUCUUUGGACUACAAAGUUGAAAUUAAAAUAGGCACUCUUGAAGGGAAGCGCACAAAACCUGAGUAUGACAAACUACUGUCAGAUCCCAUGCUCAAAUUCUCUGGGCUAUACCAGGAAGGCUGUUCAGACUUAUAUGUCACCUGCCAGGUUCUAUGUGAUGGACUGCCUCUUGCACUGCCUGUGACUACAUCAUAUAAGGCCUUUACCAACAGGUGGAAGUAAGUAUAAUGUUUAUUUUGCAAGAAUUUUCUUCACUCAAUCCACAUAACACUCACACCUAUCACCCAGAGGGGUAGGCAGUGACUAUGGACUUCCAUUUGGCACAAUAGUGACACACAUUUCUCGCCUCCUUUAAGUGUAAGUAAUAAUAUAAUAAAAGUAAGUGGUAAAAGUAAAAAAUUACUUUCAAUAAGAAUUAUGUACUAUAAUCUAUAUUGAAUAAAAAUGAUUCUGUUCUAUUACAUCCAUAUACCUACCCAUACAUGCUUGUCGGCUCUUAAUCUGAGCCAUCGUCAAUUUACAAAAUUGCGAAUUUGGUCAAUAAACUUUCAUCUAGGGCAUCCCUUCCUGACUCUACUGUUCACUUCCGCAACAUAAAUUUGAUUUGUCACUCUUUCCUCAUUCAUUCUUUCUGCACAGCCAAAAGACACCGAAGCAUUCUUUUCUUAAUACUGGUCACAACAUCAUCUUGCCAACCAUACUUUUCUCUUAUCACACAUAUCACUCAUUCCAUUAUGGGAUUUCUAGAAUAUGCCAGAUGGCAUGAAGAACUUAAAACUUGCUCAUAUUCACUAUUGCUAGUAGGUUGAUAACGGUGUUGGCACCAAUCUUUUGUAUUUAGUUAUGGUAACAACACAUCCUCAUCAGGGUUUCCCAACACCCAAUUGCAAAACGCCAUCUUCGGUGCUCUAUCGAUGGUCAUCAGCUCCUGGGUCUUCCUGUAAUGAUAGGGGAGCAUCUCAGCUGAGCACACAAUCUUUCAAGCGCAUGACUGGCUUAUACCGAAGCGACGUAUCGCGUCACGCGUGCUCCGUCGAGAAUCUUUUUCAAAGUGAUUCAGGACGUCAUCAUGGAAGUCUUGGGAGUUAUGCAGCUUCCCCUCGUCGUAAAAAGAGCCAUAGCCCGGCGAAGUGAUUCAGCUGUCAAUUGUUUGUGUAAUAAUUGUUCAGUAAUAAUAGCAUUUUUGAAUUGGUGUUCUGCCAACAGUAACUCACAAAAGCCUUGUUUGACAAUCAGCAAUGUACACUACUUGCAGGUGAGAUUGACAUAUGUUAAAUCCAAUAAAACAAUGUAAUUUAGGUAAAUACGUGUAUUGUGCUAGGUCUCUCAUUUGGUGACUUAGAAUGAACAUUUAUUUUAUUCCUAAUUUUUCCCCAAGAAUAAGUUUUUCCAUAUUAGAUUACAUUUCUGCCUAUUUAUCACACACACGCCUGUCACCCAGAGGGGUAGGCAGAGACUACAGACUUCCAUUUGGCGUGAUCCUGACAAACCUCUGUCGCCUUCUUUACAUCCAUAUAUCUACGCAUACACACUCAUCAGUUAAGGGUACUCCUAAUCUGGCCCAUUCUCUGGGCCGGACUCUUUUUAGUAGAUGUACGAGGUGUAACACACAAACCUAGUAAAAUGUUAGGGAGUUUGAUAUCCCAUGGGAUAUCAUCCAUCUUGCGUAGUUUAUCUUUAAUGGUUUGGACCAUCCUUUCAGCCAAACCACUGGUAACUGGAUGAUAAGGUGCUGUAGUGACAUGUUUAAUUUUAUUGGCUUCAAGAAAUAUUUUUAUUUCUGUAAAUACAAAUGCAGUUCCAUUAUCUGAGGCCAAAGUUUCACACAAUCGUACUCAGAGCUAUCACAGGUAAAAACCAAUGGCUGUCAACUCUGAAGAAAGUAAGGUCAGUCUAUUGCCACAUUUGUUUCUUAUCGAGUAAUCUAUAUAGAGGUUCAGGUAUAGUUGCUUUGUGAGGUAUGAACCUCUCGCAAAAGUUGUAGAGGCCUAAAAAUGCUUGUAACUGCUAUAUGUUUAAUUUAUAAAGUUUGGCCUCACAUUGAAUACUGUUCUCAUCUCUGGACCGGGACACCCCAGUGCCAGCUCCUUCCACUUGACCGCAUCCGGCGCAGAGCGGUUCGAAUCGUCGACGACCGAGUUCUUUCUGAUCGGCUCGAUACCCUGGCACUGCGUAGGGAUGUUGCAUCCUUUUGCAUUUUCUAUCGAAUUUACCACGGGGAGUGCUCUGAAGAAUUGUUCGGAUUAAUUCCAGCCGCCAAAUUUCACGAACGCACAUCCCGUCAAAAUUCACGAUACUUGGCAUUUUACUAGGAGUUUUCUUCCUCGUACAAUUUCUCUGUGGAAUUGUUUAUCACUGGCGAUUUUUCCGGACCGAUACGACAUAGGGACCUUCAAGAAAAGAGCUUACACCUUUCUAAAAGGCCGGCAACGCAUCUGCAAUUCCCCUGGUGUUGUGGUUGUUCAUGGGCGGCGGUAAUCACUUACCAUCAGGUGAGCCGCAUGCUAGUUUGCCCCCUCUUCUAU